AUGCAAAAGGAAUAUAACGAUAACUUGGAAAUCAUCAAGAAAAGUAGCUUGGUCCACGAUGACGUCAAAUCCCAAAUUCAAGUCUUCAAAAAGUCUUCAAAGGGAAAGGCCAAAGAUAAGGAGAUCCACAAAAUUGUAAACAACAUAACGUACAAGGGCCAUGCUUCUCACUACAAGAAUAGCACGAUCAAUAAUAUCAUGGAAGUACCUAAGGACGAAAGCUCACGCUGUUCGAUUGUUGCUGAAAACAAAAGUGCUAUGGAACGCAUGUGCUCUUUUGGGAGGCGACUGUAA